AUGGAUGCACCUCGACCAGAGCUGUUCGACUUCCAUGGAGUCUCAAUGACCCACUAUUUCACAGACAACUGGGAAAAUGUUCAAAACUUCCAGGCCAGGCCAGAUAACAUUCUUAUUGCAACUUACCCCAAAGCUGGAACAACGUGGGUCUCCUACAUCCUGGACCUGCUGUAUUUUGGUCAAACAGCCCCGGAGCGUCAGACAUCCAUCCCAAUUUAUGAAAGAGUGCCUUUCCUGGAGACUUCCAGAGUGGCUUCAAAAAGAGGAAAAGACUUGGCGGACAGGCUCACAACCUCUCCUCGGGUUAUUAAAACUCAUUUUCCUGUCCAGUUUGUGCCAAAGUCUUUCUGGGAGCAGAACUGUCGGAUAAUCUAUGUGGCUCGCAAUGCCAAAGACAACAUGGUCUCUUAUUUUCACUUUGACCGUAUGAACCAAGCUCAGCCAGAUCCUGGAGACUGGAGCAGCUUCUUCUACAGAUUCAUGGAGGGAAAGAUGGUGUGGGGAUCCUGGUAUGACCAUGUGAACGGAUGGUGGAAGAAGAAGCAGACUCAUUCAAAACUCCAUUACAUGUUCUAUGAAGAUCUAUCUGAGGAUACUGGACGGGAAAUAGAUAAACUGUGCAGCUUUCUUGGUUUGUGUCCGUCUGAUGAGGAGAAGGGAAGAAUUGCAGGAAAAGUUCAGUUUGAUAAUGUGAAGAAGAACAGCAUGGUCAACGACUCUACACUCGAUGUUAUGGAUGCCAAAAUUUCUCUUUCUUUACGACAUAAAGAUUACAAUAACACUAAAAGCAUUUCAUGA